AUGCUGUCCUCACGGAUUUUGACACGGCGCCUGCCCCCGGUUGCUGCUCGCUUUACCGCUCCGCGCGCCUCGUUCUCACAAGUCCGAAGCCUUUCUGCAGCUGAGAUUGAUGAUCCUUUGCAGAACGGAGGUUAUCAGAAUCCCCCUCGUGUGAAGCGUGCUUUCAGAGACCCCUACGGCGACUGGUGGGAUAAGCAGGAGAGAAGGAAUUUUGGCGAGCCCGUUCACGAGGAGAAUGAAAUCCUCGGCGUCUUCAGUCCCGAGCAAUAUACACAUGUCACACCCCGCAAAGGCCUGUUCCAGAUUGGAGCUUUCAUCGCAACCUUCCUUACUCUCUGUGGUGUCGUGAGCCUGUACUACCCUGACAAGCCCAGCGUGCCUCAGACUUAUCCCGGCGGCUUGGAGAAGGAGCUUGGAGGUGCGCGUGCUGUUCCGGCUCGCAAGGCCGGUGAGGACUCUUGGUAG